GUCAGCGGCUGAUUGCUGUUUCGGCAGUAGCGCCCCCGAGAGAAGUCGCAGAAUCACGGGGCAGAGUUAGAGCCGAGCCUGCACACGGGGACCGGCCGCGGCCGCUCCGCUCCGCUCCGUGCAAUGGACAGUGACGACGACAAUGUGGAGGAGACGGUGGAAGGUCCCCUGGAUGAAGAUAACCAGCCACAUGGGUUCUGUAAAGUUACCUAUUCCUCUAGUGACAGAUUUGAAGGGCAUUUUAUACAUGGUGAGAAGAAUGGUCCUGGGAAGUUCUAUUUUUUUGAUGGCAGCACACUGGACGGAAACUGCAUUGAUGAUGCUUUGCAAGGUCAAGCUGUAUACACCUAUGAGGAUGGAAGCAGCCUUCAUGGUACCUACAUUGAUGGAGAAUUGAAUGGCAUUGCUCAGGAAUAUGACUCGGAAGGACGUUUGACCUUCAGGGGUCAGUACAGGGACAAUGUUCGAUGGGGUGUUUGCUGGAUGUAUUUUCCGGAUGGAGGCUGCCUUGUAGGUGAGGUAAAUGAAGAUGGUGAGAUGACUGGUGAUAAAAUAGCAUAUGUUUACCCUGAGGGCAGGAUGGCACUGCUUGGAAAAUUUGUUGAUGGGGAGUUUAUCGAAGGACACCUGGCAACUCUGAAGUGUGUAACUGAAGGGAAACCUCAGUUUGAACUGGUACCAGAUGGCCCGGUUUACAGCUUGGACAAGUCUACUCCGUUUUGCAUUUCCACUAAAUGUCUCCUGGCUGACCCUUAUGAAAAUGAGAGGGUAUAUGUUGCUGAAUCACUUAUCCCUAAUGCUGGGGAAGGUUUGUUUGCAAAAAUAGCAGCAGAACCUGACACAGUUAUGGCUUUCUAUAAUGGAAUACGGAUAACACAUGAGGAGGUAGAUUCUAGAGACUGGUCACUGAAUAGCAAUACCAUAUCACUUGAUGACGAUACUGUGAUUGACGUUCCUGAGCCUUAUAACAGUACAAAGCAGUACUGUGCAUCGUUGGGGCACAAAGCAAAUCACUCCUUUAAUCCCAAUUGUAUUUAUGCCACGUUUAUUCAUCCCCGGUUUGGACCUGUUAAAUGCAUCCGUACUAUCCGGGCAGUCCAGAGGGAUGAAGAACUGACAGUAGAUUAUGGGUACGAUCAUUAUUCUGCAGGCAAGGGUGGUCCAGAAGCUCCUGACUGGUACAAGAUUGAACUGCAGGCCUUCCAACAUAAUCAGCGGAAAUGAAAUUUAUGCAGCUUUCUCAUUAAGCAAGAAGCAAAAGCAGAAGCAGCUAUGCACUAGAGCUACAUGGAACUGCCAGAUUAGAAACUUUUAAAUCCUCUGUUCUGUGAAGUAUUAUUCAAUGGAAUACAUUAUACAAGGCUUUUGAACAAGCAGAUAUACAUUUGCCAUAAGCACAUGAAAUUUGCCAUUUAGAAGUAAAGACUAACAAAAUUAACAUGCUAUAAAGCUUGCCUUCGUACCGGUCUUAUAAGCAACAAAUACUUUCCUAAGUUUGUUGAUGGACAAUUCUGUGUUCUUUGGCCAUUUUAUUUCAAAUCGAUACGAAUUACUCUACUCUGGUUUUUAAGUUAUUUCCAACACUUCACAAUCUGUUUAUUGAUUAGUAGUUAUCAGCUCUUAUCAAUUAAAGGUGUCACAUUUUUAGCUAAUCUGACUAAUGAUCACAUUAAUUGACAUUUUUUGGUGUUGCCACUGGGUUGAGUGAAGUCUAACAUGUGCCAGUCUAAAUUUUGUAUCCUGUCCUCUGUAAUUGUGAAAAAAAAAUUAGCACAAUAAGUUAGAAAUUUGAAAAGAAUUUUUGUUUGGAGAAAGCACUUUGAAUUGCAUAUCAAGUAACACUUGAAGUACAGGUAUUAAUCUUUUACUAGUGAUAUUUAAAGAAGUUUUUGAAUAAUGAAGUGCAUUAGCUUGCUUGUGAUUUCUCCUCUGCUUUCAUGGUAUUAAGUAUUAGUAGCAUUUGCUCUCUUAACAUUUUGCAUACGGCAUCUGAACCUGAUCAGUAUGGUUUGGUUAAGGUGUGAAAGUUAUCUUUUCAUUUCCUGGUGUUCUCUACACUGAGUAAUCAAUGCUAGAAACUCUGAGGAAAGUAAUGUUAUCCAAAUACAGUAUUCAUCUGCUAUGUGGCAAUAUCACUUCAAAUAAUAUUUAAUCUUGCAUCAGGUGUUAAGCUAUAAUAUUGGCCAUGUGUAAGUAGUUUUUUUAAAGAUGGGUAGCACAAUCUUUGCUCUUGUUUUAAUACAAUGGCUUUUCCAAAAGGGUCUCUAGUUGAUCACUGCCAUAGCAGAUAUUCUAGAAAUUAUGAUUUUUGCUAAUAAAACUGAAGAACUGAUGAGACUGAGAGAAUGGAGUUGUCCCAAAAUUUUACAGAUUUUCAGAUUGAGUUUUUUUUUGAUGUGUGUAUGCUCUUUCAGUGUAGUAAAUGAAAAAUGUGUGCAUUUUAUAAGAGUGUCUGGGUAAGCAUGCGAAUUGUUUUGGUUACUGGAGGUGAGAACGUUUAUGAUGUUUUAAUUUUUGACCAUCUGAAUUAUGAUGUACUUAAUUUAUGAAGUUAACUAACUUAGCACAGGGGAAGAAAACCUGUUUUCUAAUGGUCCUUUAAAUGUGGUAAAUUAUGAAUACAAUGGAUUUUUACCAGAAUGACAAACAUUGAGAAUAAUUAUGGAUCUAAUUGAUUUAAAUAUGUAAUAUAUGAAUAUUUUAAUGAUUCUGUGCAUGGUGUGCUCUCAAAAAUGAAAUGCCUAUUCAUUUUGAACCCUGCCUUUGUUAUUCUUCUGCUUUGAUUCAGUUUAAUUUGAUUGCAAGUGAAAAUGAGGGAAGGGUUACAGCAUUUGGGAAAAAGUGUAAAUGUACAUUUUGAUCUUUCUACGGCAUUGUAGUACUUUAUACAUCACUAAUGGCCUUUGUGGACUUGUCAACUUAUUGAAUAUAAAACUUGAUGCAGAAAUUCUGCAUAACUGAGUAAAUUUGUAUCAUAGCAGUAGGUCGUCAAUGGCAAUAAAAGCUUAAAACUA